AUUUCCCCUAAUUCUCAUCGCAGUUUGAUUCAAUUUUUCACUUCGAGCUUGAUUUUCCCUCUAAUUUGUUCUCUUUUCCGGAAAAAUGUCGGGACGUGGUAAGGGAGGUAAGGGUUUGGGCAAGGGAGGAGCAAAGCGUCACCGUAAAGUCCUCCGGGACAACAUCCAAGGCAUCACCAAGCCUGCGAUACGCCGUCUGGCUCGUAGGGGUGGUGUGAAGCGUAUCAGCGGACUGAUCUACGAGGAGACUAGAGGUGUCCUCAAGAUCUUCUUGGAGAACGUCAUUCGUGAUGCCGUGACGUACACCGAGCACGCAAGGAGAAAGACUGUGACAGCCAUGGAUGUGGUUUACGCUUUGAAGAGGCAGGGAAGGACUCUCUAUGGAUUUGGUGGUUAGACUGUAUAAUUUGGGCCUUAAAAUGUUAAGUACGUACUAGUGGUAGUAGAUCUUGGCUAUAGAUCUGGUUUGUGUUCGUUUUUGUUAUUUCCUUGUGUUUCUGCAGACUGUAAUUUGGACUCGCAGUUUGAAGUAAUAUAAUUUUGUUUUAGUUCAA